AUGGAUAUUUCGAUUAGUUCUGCGAUAGAAAAAAUCAAACUACAGGAGCAAGAUACGGAAGCAAAAUUGAAAGAAAAACGAGAGCUUGAAUCUCAUAUUGCUUUACUUCAAAGAAAUAUUCGAGACACACAUUCUCAAAGCGACAAGUUUCAACAGGAAGAAAUCGUGUUAAAUAAACAAAUACAAGAACAUUUACCUAACCUUGAAGUAGGAAAAAUGAGGAUUCUUGCACUUGCUUCCCAAGUUGAGGUUAUAAGAGAAGAAUUGAAAGAAUUAAAAGAAAAAGUAAAUCAAAGUAUUUUCGAUGUUUGGAAGCUACGAUCGUCUUUUUGUGACAAAAUUGAAAAAACUUCAGAUGAUUACGAUGUUUGGGCACUUCUUAUAAAGCCAGUUCAUACAGAAUUGAAACCGAGAAUUGUGAAUACGCCAGAAAAGAAAAUAUACUCUAACGAGGGUAGACUUAAAUGUGCUAUAGAGAGACGAGAAAAGGCUAUAGCUGAAAGGAAUCGUAUAAUCGCAGAACCUGAAAACGGUGAAGAAUUCGUCAGAAUAAAAAAUGCACUUCGAUACAGUUCUGAAAAGCUAGCAAAUAUGAAAAAUUUAGAACAAAAUAAACUAUGA